CCGCUGUGAGGUCUUUCUGAGGCAGAUUAGUCUAGUAGUCUCAAGCUUUAAUUUCAUACAAUUUUCUCUACUCCUUUUUAAAAAUCCAUAACCUUAUAGUAUGUAUUCCUUACUUUCGUGUACAAAAAUGAUUUGUGCAGGGUUAAUGCAUCGUAGACUGAGCCUGGGUCUUUCGCAAACGCUCGGUUUGAUCCCCAAGAAACUUUAUUCUGAGGAGAAGAAAUCCCCAAAUGUUUUUCUUUGGGGCGGUGGGCUGGGCAAGCUGCAAGGCGGUCUAAAGGAGGAGGAGUAUUUCAUAUCGCGUACCCAGGAACUCAUUGGCAAGAUGCGGGACAAGAAGGACCUCGUGGACUACAUUCCCAAUUGGGAUGAGUUUCAGAAGAGCCUGGAUCACACCUCACUGGGCAACUCAUCGUUCAUGACCAAGCACAAGAAUGUUCUCGAGGAAGCUUUUUUCCUAAAUGAGACCGCAGAUGACAUUAAAGUAUUACACGAUCGUGCCCAAGAAAACCCAGAAGUCGGAGAUAACACUGCCAUCAUAUUGGAACUGAAAUCAGAUCAGCAAGACACUAAAUAGUUAUUUUUUUCUGUUAAUUACUUAAUUCGUUACUUUAGAGGCGUAUCGGGGGGAUCUUUUUCCAAAUGGCAAACUGCACAAUAAAAUUGUUAGUUUCAAGUUAACACAGUAUUAAAAAUACUUUUCCAAAAAUUAAAUUAACAAAAUUUAAAUGAACAUAGUUUGUUAAUUUUGCCGCCAGUUGGCAGUCGUGAUUUCAGGGGCGUAGAAAUGAAAUUGGCAUUUUAUUUGUAAUGUAGUUUGUAUAAAAUGCAAUUUAAAUAUAUGUAUAAGGGCUUCAUUAA